AUGCGUUCGACCGUGACCAUUAUUCUUGCGGCGGCAGCAGCGAUCCCCGCUGUCCUGGGCCAUGCCGGGAUCACGAGUCCCCCGAUUCGCCAGCCGGGCAACGCCUUCUUGCAGAAAUGCGGCCAGACGUCCUUCAACUCCGUCAAGGGCGAUCCUACCGGCCACAUCGAGGAACAGGAGCCCGUCAACGCAGGAUGUGACCUCACCCUUUGCCGCGGAAUGCUGUUCCAAGACCAGCCCGCUUCCAACGUGCAAAAGGUCACCCCGGGCCAACAGAUGACCAUGGGCGUGGACUGCACCAUCCCUCACGGCGGCCCCGCCAACGUCUCCCUCAUCGACACCACCGCCGGCGGCUCCGGCGCCGUCAUCGGUUCCUUCCUCAAGACCUUUGACAACUUCUGCCCCACGUCCGGAGGCACCCCGCCCGAUCAGUCCAACCUGCAAUUUAACCUCCCCUCGGCCUCCGAGGUCGGCACCAAGUGCCAGAACGCGGGAGACUGCGUCGUCCAGCUCUUCUGGGCCACCCCCGAUUUCAGCCAGAACUACUACUACUGCGUCGAUGUCGCGAUGAACAACGCUGCGUCCGCUCCUUCCAGCACAGCAGCCGCGGUGUCCAGCUCCGCCGUAGCCGCCUCAAGCUCUGCCGCCGUCGCGUCCAGCUCCGCCCCCGCGACCACCAUCGCUAUCGCCUCGUCUGCCGCCGCUCCCGCUCCCGCAAGCAGCUCCACUUCGGUCGUCGUCGUAGCCCCCUCUUCUUCCGCAAACCCCGACGCCGGCGUAGCCACCGUCAUCGUCACCGCCAGCCCGACCCCCGAUGCCGCCGCCACCUCCGCCGCAGACGCGACGGCCGCUCCGAUCACCUCCGUCGCCGUCGUCGGCUCCCAGAAGAUGGUCACCGUGUUCUCGACGUCCACCGCCGAGCCUCAGAGUGCUGCCACGGCGUUGGGAGCGGUGACGAGCGGUGCGCGCAGGCGGAUGCGUCUCCUCUGGCUCUGGAUCUGA